UUCUCUUUUUUAACUUGAGAAUCUGCCAAGAGGAUAAUGGAUCCUGGAAAUCAUUCCCCAGUGACUGAGUUCAUCCUCGCUGGGCUGACGAAAUGUCCUGAACUCCAGCUGCCCCUCUUCCUCCUCUUCCUAGGAAUCUAUGUGGUCACAGUGGUGGGGAACCUGGGCAUGAUCACACUGAUUGGGCUCAGUCCUCCCCUGCACACCCCCAUGUACUAUUUCCUCAGCAGCUUGUCCUUCAUUGAUCUCUGCCAUUCCUCUGUUGUUACUCCCAAAAUGCUGGUGAACUUUGUGACAGAGAAGGACACCAUCUCCUACCCGGAAUGCAUGGCUCAGCUUUAUUUCUUUCUGGUUUUUGCUGUUGCAGAGUGUCACAUGUUGGCGGCAAUGGCAUAUGACCGCUAUGUUGCCAUCUGUAAUCCAUUGCUUUAUAAUGUCAUCAUGUCCUAUCACAUCUGCUUCUGGCUCACAUUGGGAGUUUAUAUUUUAGGCCUCAUUGGAUCUACAAUUCAUACAGGUUUCAUGGUGAGACUCUUUUUCUGCAAGAUCAACGUGGUUAACCAUUAUUUUUGCGAUCUCUUCCCACUCCUGGAGUUGUCCUGCUCCAGCAUCCAUGUCAAUGAAUUACUGGUUCUGUGCUUGAGUGCAUUUAACAUUCUGACUCCUGCCCUAACCAUCCUUGUUUCCUACAUCUUCAUCAUUGCCAGCAUCCUCCGCAUCCGCUCCACUGAAGGCAGGUCCAAAGCCUUUAGCACAUGCAGCUCCCACAUCUCUGCUGUCACUGUUUUCUUUGGGUCUGCAGCAUUCAUGUACUUGCAACCAUCAUCUGUCAGCUCUAUGGACCAAGGGAAAUUGUUCUCUGUGUUUUAUACUGUUGUUGUUCCCAUGCUGAACCCCUUUAUUUACUGUCUGAGGAAUAAGGAUGUCAAACAUGCCCUGAAGAAAAUUCUGGACAGUAGAGCAUGCUCCUUCGUAGAAUCACUGUGA